AUGCCUCCUCGCAAGAAGGCGGUCGUUGACCCUGCUGGUCUCCUUGGCCCGGCCAAGCCUGCGAGCAAGGCCAAGGCCAAGGCCAAGAAGAACACCCACAGUCAGGCCGCGAAGGCUGCAUUCCCCCCACGCCUUGACGACGAAGAGUCCAAUGCCAGGGCUCCUGUUCCUGAUGAAGAGGAUGAGGCUGUUGUCGCCAGCCAGCGACCUGAUUCCUCCCCUGCGGCUGCCUCUCGUGAGGGAUCUGUCGACUCAUUCGCCCUUCCUGUGACACCUUCUGUUGCUGCUCGUCGUUCCCACCUCAAUGUUGGCACGCCUGCGCAACAGCUCCGCGCCAAGUCCGCUGUCGCUCCCGUCGCCGCUCCUGACUUUGCGUCUGUUCGCCGUUCCCAUGAGAAACUGGUCGUCCCCAUGUGCCUGCGUUGCAGCAAACGCGUGUAUACCGCGAAGCUGAAUCUGGAUUGCACGCGUGUAUACCGCGAAGCUGAAUCUGGAUUGCACGCGUCCUAA